UUCAAUGGGUGUUUCAAGUGCAGAAGACAAGUAUUUACUUUUUUAAAAAAAAAAAUAUAAAAAUGGUAUCUUUAUUUUUCUCACAGCCAAUGACACCUGCUAUAACGGGAGUUGAAGAACAAGAAAAACUACUUGAGGAUGCAAUUGGUGUAGUCAAAGUGCAGGCUUUCCAAAUGAAACAUUGUCUGGACAAAUCCAAAUUGAUGGAUGCAUUAAAACAUGCAUCUACGAUGUUAGGAGAACUUAGAACUUCUCUUUUAAGUCCAAAGAGUUAUUAUGAAUUAUACAUGGCAAUUACUGAUGAAUUAAGACAUUUAGAACUUUAUUUAUUAGAUGAAUUUCAAAAAGGAAGAAAAGUUACAGAUUUAUAUGAAUUAGUACAAUAUGUUGGAAAUAUUGUGCCUAGAUUAUAUUUACUCAUCACAGUAGGAUUAGUAUAUAUCAAAACAACACCUGGCUUAAAAAGGGAUCUAUUAAGAGAUUUAGUAGAAAUGUGUAGAGGUGUUCAACAUCCUUUAAGAGGUCUUUUCUUAAGAAAUUACUUAUUACAAUGUACCCGUAAUAUUUUACCAGAUGUUGCUGAAGAAGAUGAUGAAGAUGGAAAUGUCCGUGACAGUAUAGAUUUUGUCUUGAUGAAUUUCGCAGAAAUGAAUAAAUUAUGGGUACGCAUGCAGCAUCAAGGUCAUACUAGAGACAGAGAAAGAAGGGAAAGAGAAAGAGAAGAACUUAGAAUUUUAGUAGGAACUAAUCUUGUACGACUAAGUCAGUUAGAAUCAGUUACUUUAGAGAAAUAUAAAAAGCUUGUCUUACCAGGAAUUUUAGAACAAGUAGUCAGUUGCAGAGAUGCAAUUGCUCAGGAAUAUCUUAUGGAAUGCAUAAUUCAAGUUUUUCCUGAUGAAUUUCAUCUACAAACAUUAAAUGCAUUUUUAAAGUCUUGUGCUGAAUUACAAAAUGGUGUGAAUGUAAAAAACAUAAUUAUUUCGUUAAUAGAUCGUCUUGCAGCAUUUAGUCAAAGAUCAGAUGGUGUGGGAGGGCCAGGAAGUCCUAAUCAAGUACCAGGAAUUCCACAGGAUGUAAAACUUUUUGAUGUUUUCAGUGAUCAAAUAGCUAUAAUUAUACAAACAAGACAAGACAUGCCUCCAGAAGAUAUAGUUUCUCUUCAAGUGGCUCUUAUUAAUUUAGCACAUAAGUGUUAUCCUGACAGAGUAAACUAUGUGGAUAAAGUUUUAUUAACGACUGUUCAAAUAUUCCAAAAACAGAAUGUAGAUAAACUUGAAUAUAAUAGUGCUGUAUCAAGAGAGUUAGUGAGACUAAUGAAAAUUCCAAUAGAUAAUUAUAAAAAUAUAUUAACUGCCUUAAAACUUGAACAUUUUGCCCCACUACUUGAUUAUUUUGAUUAUGAAGGCAGAAAGUUGUUAGCUAUUUAUAUAAUAACAAAUAUUUUAGAAAAUGAAACUUUAAUACCAACUCUAGAACAAGUAGAUGCAGUUCUUUCUAUGGUGUCUCCAUUAGUACAAGACCAACUAGAUCAACCAAAUAUAGAAGAAGAUCCUGAAGAUUUUGCAGAAGAACAAGGUCUUCUUGGUAGACUGAUUCAUCACUUUAAAUCUGAAACAGCUGAUCAGCAAUACAUGAUAUUAAGUGCUGCUAGAAAACAUUUUAGUGCAGGUGGAAAUAAAAGAAUAAAAUAUACUUUACCACCAAUUGUUUUUCAAGCUUAUCAACUAGCUUAUACAUAUAAAGGAUUGAAGGAUCAAGAUGAAAUGUGGCAAAAAAAAUGUCAAAAAAUCUUUCAAUUUUGUCAUGCAACUAUUACAGCUUUAAUGAAGGCUGAACUAGCUGAAUUGCCAUUGAGAUUAUUUCUACAAGGUGCAAUAGCAAUAGGUGAAAUUCGUUUCGAUAAUUUUGAGAUGGUUGCUUAUGAAUUUAUGAGUCAAGCAUUUUCAAUAUAUGAAGAUGAAAUAAGUGAUUCUAAGGCACAAUUAGCAGCUAUUACAUUAAUCAUUGCAACAUUCGAACAAAUGAGUUGUUUUUGUGAAGAAAAUGCAGAACCAAUACGCAACCAGUGUGUUUUAUAUGCUAGUAAAUUAUUAAGAAAACCAGAUCAAUGUAGAGGUAUUGCUACCUGUUCUCAUAUAUUUUGGUCAGGAAAAUCGUUAGCAACUGGCGGAAAAGAGAUGCAAAAUGGAUAUAAAGUAUUGGAUUGUUUGAGAAAAGGUAUCAGAAUAGCAAGUCAAUGUAUGGAUACUUCAGUUCAAGUACAACUUUAUGUGGAAUUAUUAAAUCAUUACAUCUAUUUCUAUGAAAAAGGCAAUACUAUGUUUACUGUCGAUAUUAUAAAUCAAGUAAUAGCAAAAAUUAAAGAAGAACUUCCCAAUUUAGAAGUUAGCGAAGAAACAGAACAAAUUCAAAAACAUUUAGCUAAUACACUAGAACAUUUAAGAAAUAGAAUGGAAUCUCCAGAAGCUGAUGGUGUAUCAUAUCAAGGACUUGUUCUCUAAUGUAAUUAUUGUAAGCAACAAUUUUGUACAUAAAGCAAUCGCCAAUUAUUUUAUGAAAUGAAUAUAAAUUUUAAAAAAACGCUUAUUAGAUAUAAAUUAUCAUAAUUUAAAUCACAUCAAUUUACAUGUAAAAUUAAAUUGUUAAUAAUGAUGUAUUAU